GUGCCACAGUCCUCCGUGUUCAGCAGAGAGAAGUUUGUGUUGCGUCGACCAACUCUUUUACGCGCCGCUCCGGAGGGCUACCACGACACUUUUCAACCAGAGCAAUUAGAGAUUAUGUUGUAUCAGUUUUAUCAGUAAUCAUAUUCUAGACAAAUUGACGUUUAUUUUCGUUAUUCAUUAAGCGGGUUGCUCAUCCGCUUUUUCUUUAUUCUAUCCGGCUCGAAGUGGUUGAUGCGUGGUUGCCAAAGCGUAAUCGUCAUGACUCUAUAGUAGUUCUAAUUUGAUCUUUAUCCUCUGACAUUUUUCGCAUGAAGUUGUCUCGUAUGAACCGAUGCGAAGUAGCGGAGAGGGGUCGGGGGCAGAGCCGGGCUUCACCAUGAGGAUGCCCAGGGGAGGACUCCUGUUCCUGGCCACGCUCCUCGGCUCGCUCUGUCUGCUCGUCCUCUACUUCCAGAGCGUCACCAAACCAGAUGCUGGUGUUAAAACCAACAAAAGGCUUGCGGGGAAAAGCCGAAGGAGUCCACUCCAGACUCUGUACAAUGGAGAUCAGUCGGAGAUGCUGACUGCUCAAAGGUCUCUCCAAGGGCGUCGGGAGCUUCUGGAGCAGGCGUGUCUGAGCCAUACCAAAAAACGGCGCGUGCUCUCCCCCGGCGAUCUCAAACACCUCAUUGUGGAUGACAAACACAGCCUUAUAUACUGCUAUGUACCCAAGGUUGCGUGCACAAACUGGAAGCGUGUCUUGAUGGUCCUGAGCAGUAAUGGCCUCUACACAGACCCUCUGUCCAUCCCGGCCAGCGAAGCCCACGUGCCCGGAAACCUUCGCCGCAUGUCCGAUCUCAGCGUCUCCGAGAUCAACCAGCGCCUCCGCUCCUACCUCAAAUUCCUGUUCGUGCGUGAGCCUUUCGAGCGCCUGGUGUCCGCCUACCGCAACAAGUUCACCCGCAGUUACAACACAGCUUUCCACAAACGCUACGGCACCAAAAUCAUCCGCCGCCACAGACCCAACCCCAAACCCGAAGCUCUGGAGAAGGGGAAUGACGUUUCGUUUUUAGAGUUUGUGCAGUAUCUCGUGGACCCAAGAACGCAGAGGGAGGACUCUUUUAAUGAGCACUGGGAGCGGGUGCACUCUCUUUGCCACCCAUGUUUGAUUCACUAUGAUGUGGUAGGAAAGUACGAGACUUUAGAGCCAGAUGCCCAGGCUGUGUUAAAACUGGUGGGAGUUGAUCAGACAAUCCAAUUCCCCACUUCCCAAAAGAGCACCAUAACUGAUGGAAACAUGGCUGCCGGAUUCUUCCAGCACAUCAACCCCUUCUACCAAAAGAAACUCUUUAACCUGUAUCGCAUGGACUAUCUCCUUUUUAAUUACUCCACUCCCGGGUAUCUCAGAACUAGAUGAGGGAGAAAACAUGAACAUGAUGGAUUCAAAUGUUGCACUAUUUUUGUUGUCACAGACUUUUUAUCUGCUGUUACAGACUGAUCUUCUUUUAGUGGAGCCAUUUUUAAAAAAGAUGUUGGUCAAAUGCAGUAACAGGGUUUUAAAACUGCAAGUGUGAUGUACUUUGUGUUAUGUUUUUGCAUCAUUUUCUUUUCUCGUUUUACCGUGGGACACAGCAUUCACACACUUUGUUGCUUAAAUGUGUAUGUCUUAAUCAGCGGUGGAAGAAGUACUCGAUUUAGUUACUCAAGUACAAGUACAGAUCCAGGGACAAAUGAUUACAUGAAAAAGCAUCACAUGAAAAAUCUACUUAAGUAAAAGUAUUGAAGUACGUGUUCAAAAAUGUACUUAAAGAGUAAACAGUAAGUAUUUUGAAGAGAUUUUUAGAACAAUUAAAGCAUAAAAUGUAGAGAUUUUGAUAAAGAAUUCAGCUGAUUUUAAGUAUUUUUUGUGUACUUGCUCAAAGUUGGAAGUAAAAAAUCUAAAAAUAAGUAAUAAAAUAAGUCUCAGUUUUGUCUGCAGGUCUCAAACCUUAAAGUACUUUUUACUUUUUAGUCCAGAUAUAACAUAUAGUGGAGUAGAAAGUACAACAUGCUCUCAAAUGUAGUAAAGUAAAAGUACAAACGUUUCCAAAUGACAGAUACAUAGAAAUUGUACUUAUUUUGUGCUUUUACUUUUGUACUUCAUUACUUUCCACCACUGAUCUUAAUUUAUAUACAGUUCAGAUGUAGAUUGUUAGACAUUUAUUCUGAGGUUAGCCUUUGCGUACCUCUUCAAGCACAAUUUGUUUGCUGUGGAUGUGAUAAUUUCUCUUGUACCAUUUUACUCACAAGCUAAAAUUACAGCAAAAUGUGUCACUUGUUAACACCCAGAAAAGGGCUGGGCAUGAAACUGAAUGAAAUAUUUUCCAUAAUUGGUAUUCACGUAAUUUAUGCUAAUCACGCAAGGAAGCCGUAAUAAUAAACAUAACAUUUAUUAAUAGCGUGCUGGAAAUUCCCCCUGCAUAGACCUCUGAUGAAGAAAACAUAGACUAAAAACUAUACUGAAACUAAUUUAUGCCACUGACGCAAUCCCCCUCAAGCAGAGUUACUCCCUAAAUAUUCUGAAUGCACAAUAUUGUUAAAAAAGCAUGAGCUGUAGUCAAUAAAUAACCGAAUGAAACAGUAAAAGUAUUUGCUUUCUCCAGAUAUCAGUAUCGUUUCGAUGUUUCGAUGGAAAUUUUUCAAAUAUUUGGUAAUUGAUGAGCAAAAACAUGACUUUAUUAAAUUCAUUUCGUUAUCGUUUUUACAUAAAUGAAAAGUUAAUUUGUAAACGUCACUGUAACUCAACAUAAAUUUGGUUUUUGCCUUGAUUUUAAAAGCUUAAUGAGUAUCUGCAAAUAUCAGUUAUUGGCAUCAGCUCAAAAAAUCCAUAUCAUAUCAUUUGUACUUCUAAAGAAACACAAUACAAUGAAUGGUCUGAAAGAAUGAGAGUUAGACCUGACUUUCCCUUCUCCACCUUUGUGCUUUGUACCAUUGUAUUUUCUGAGACGGGGAAAGAGUAGUCUAAAGAGGACUUCGGACAGUAGAGUUGAAAACAGAUAUCUGCUCUCAAUGUGGCGCUCUGUUGUGGUGAGGAGAGAGCUCAACUGUUAUUGCGAGUGGAACAAACAAACUAACAAAAGUCCCUGGCAAGUUGUGAAAUACAGUGUUACCGCGAAGCGAUUUGAGACUCCAAACUUCUACCAUAGCCCAGCCCUGUCCUGCAGGUUCACACAUUUGUUUGAUUUUAAAUGUCAUGUCUUGUUUUUCACAUUGCAUUUUCAUUUGAUUUUGCGUUAAAGGCGCAUUGUGUAACUUUUCUGGUGGUGGGUCCGUCACCCGCUUGUUUCUUUAGGUCAUUGCUCUGCCCGGAAUGUUCCAAAGUAUGAUAUUAAACAGCACUGCCUUACAUUUAUUACAUUACAUGGUUUUGUAGCUCUAUAAACUGGCAUUCUGAUUGUGAGAUGGAUCGCCUCUCCACAGAUCUGACGUGUAACUUGGUCUGGUUUGGUCUCCAUGAAGAUAGAAAUGUUUAAUGCCAUAGAUGAAGAAUCCGUGCAUCAUUCGUUCAUUCAUUUUUCAAUAUAAAACUGAAAGUAAGAAAACUAAACUAAACUAAACAAAAACAAUGGUUUUCUUCAUUAUUUGCCUCCAAACCCAAAGUCCUGGUUUAGUCCUGCUUUAGUCCUGGUUUAGUCCUGGUUUAGUCUUGGUUUAGUCUUGGUUUAAUCCUGGUUCAGUCAUUAUGCAACACAAAAGUCCAGCAUCACACUUUAAGUCACGUAAACGGUAUCCAAUUUUUUCCAUUAUUUGUUUAAAAACUAAAUCGAAAACUAAAAAAAAAGUUUCCAUUUUUUCAUUUUGGUUUUGGAGACAAAUAAUGAAUUUUAUAUUGAAAAACAAAUGAACGAAUGAUACGCGGAUUAUGAAGCAAUAACAGCUCCAUGGAGAAAAGCAUUUGACGAAACCUCCAUCACAAAAGUUACACAAUGCGCCUUUAAAUCUCAUGUCUUGUUUUCAUAUUGAUUUUCAUUUAAUUUUGCCUUUCCUAAGCAGUGCCCACUACAGUUUUUUGUUCUUUUUUUUGCCCAGAGACACUCGAAGCCUUAACAAAGUGCCAGAGAAGCAGGCUCUUCUCUUGUGAACGCACAGGUGAAUGUCUAGACUGUGAAUACUACCACAUCUCACCAUCUUUACUGUCUCCUAUUUAUGUAUGUCAUGUUGUGGCGAGUAUCUGAGUAUUUAUUUGUAUGGGCUUGUUGUCAAUCAGAUGAGGGAGGAAUAUUUGUUUGUGAGACCUGUUUUUGUCUUUUGCAGAUUGUAACAAAUACCACACAAGUCCAUGGGUUUGCUGUAGGGCUGCACGGUAUGAGAAAAAGAUGCGGUGUUUGAUCAUUGUUUUGUAUUGCAAUAACUAUAUUUGUCUGUUUUACUUUCACAAAAACAACAAGUACAUUUCUGUACAAUGGAGAACUUUGCGAUAUUGAUUAUAGUGUCAGUCGAUAAUGCAGUUUCAAUACUUUUGCAAUAUCUUGUGUGGCCCUAGUCUGCUGUUUCUGUAUGUGAUUUUCAAUAGAAUAUUUUAUACAUUA